UAGGGAUUGGGCGUUGUUUACUGGAGAAGAGGAAAGGGCAUAAAAGGGAUCGUGAAUCUGACCACAAGUCUUCUUCUCCCUAUCUUUGCCGAUUUCUCUCCAACGCGAGGAAAAAGUGUUUCUCCGGAUUCGGGUUUCCAUCAAUUUCUCGAAUCUUCUCCUAUUCUUCUUCAUUUUCUUCUUCCGAUUCCACCUGUGAUUCGAUUAAGAUGACAAACUCUGACUCCGAAUCAAUGGGUUGUGACUUUCCGUGCACUCUCGAGGAAGAGAGACGUAUUGUGACGGAGCUGAUGAGCGAAGCUGAGGAUCAAUUGAAAGAGGGCAACUUGUACUUCGUCAUCUCAAACAGGUGGUAUACAAGCUGGAAGAGGUGUGUUAGUCAAGAGGCUUCAGAAGUUACUAGGCCCGGACCAAUUGACAAUCAUGAUAUUAUUGAUAGCGAAAGUGACGCUAGUGAUCCGCAGCUUCUUAAGAAUCUGGAGGAUGCUGUUGACUACGUUCUAGUUCCUGAACAAGUUUGGAAAAAGCUCGUCGAAUGGUAUAAAGGAGGUCCUCCAAUAGAGAGGAAGUUGAUCUCUCAGGGGUUUCAUAGUAAGAGCUAUAGCGUUGAGGUUUACCCACUCUGCCUUAAGUUGACAGACAGCAGAGACGGAAGCAGUUCCAUCAUAAGGUUGAGCAAGCAGGCUUCUGUAGGUCAACUUUUUGAGACGGUUUGUGCUGCAAGAGGGGUAUCAAAAGAAAAGGCUCGCAUCUGGGAUUACUUCCAGAAGAAUAAAAGCGUACUCUUGGAUCCUUCAUCUGAAAAAACCUUGGAGGAAUCUUGCCUACAGAUAGACCAGGAUAUUCUUCUUGAAGUUGAUGGGUCUGCGUCAUCUCAACAUGACAUGAGCUCGACGGGAAAUGAGUUAGCUAUCGUACUUGUAGAGCCUACGACGAAUACUAUGCUUAGCGAGGGGACCGUAUCGAAUGGUCACUCCAACGGUUCCAUGUUUAGCCUCUGGAAAAACCCUUUCAAAGAUGAUGGUGGUUCCUCGAGUGGUUUUGGGAAAAGAGACAAGAGAGGCUUGGUAGGAUUGCAGAAUCUUGGAAACACGUGUUUCAUGAAUAGCACUCUUCAGUGUUUGGCCCAUACCCCUCCUAUUGUUGAUUACUUCUUGAAAGAUUACAGCGGUGACAUAAAUGAAGAUAAUCCUUUGGGAAUGAGAGGUGAGCUUGCGGUUGAGUUUGGUGAACUUUUGAGGAAACUGUGGUCAUCCGGACAAAAUACAGUUGCGCCCCGCUCCUUUAAGACAAAGCUGGGUCGAUUUGCACCGCAGUUCAGUGGUUAUAAUCAGCAUGAUUCUCAAGAAAUGCUAUCUUUCCUGUUGGAUGGGCUUCAUGAAGAUUUGAACAAGGUUAAACAAAAGCCUUACAUUGAAUCUAAAGAUUCUGAUGGUCGUCCAGAUGAUGAAGUUGCCGAAGAAAUGUGGAAAUAUCACAAGGCUCGUAAUGAUUCCGUCAUUGUUGAUGUCUGCCAAGGACAAUACAAGUCAACGCUGGUCUGUCCAGAUUGUGGAAAAAUCUCAAUCACCUUUGAUCCCUUCAUGUACUUAACUUUGCCGCUGCCAACAAGUCGCACUCGAUCAAUGACAGUUGCAGUGUUUUACGGCGACAGUGACCGUCUUUUGACGCCGUACACAGUAACAGUUCCCAAAGAUGGUUCUUUGAGAGAUCUAAGCAAUGCAGUAGGAGCUGCUUGCGGCUUGAAAGAUGAUGAAAGCCUUUUAUUUGCAGAUGUGUUUUCUCACAAGGUGUUUAAAUAUCUUGACAAACCCCUGGAGCCUCUGAGUGAGAUAAAAGACAACGAUCGUAUUGUGGCGUAUCGGUUCAACCAGAUGCACAGAGGACCAGGCAAAGCCAAACUUGAAAUUCUUCAUUGGGAGCAGAAAAAGUUUGUUAUUGGCAGAGACACAAAGUAUUUUGGAAUCCCCCUUGUUACUUAUGUCAACACAGAACCACUUAGUAAAAGUGAUAUUGAUGCAAUUAUAUCUGGAUUGCUGUCACCUCUACACCGGACUCAUUCAUCAUCAUCUACUGUUCAUGUUGGAGAGGAAAACGGUCACAUUCCAGAUGUUGCUGUUGAAACAUCUGGAAUCUCAUCACCUAAAGACACUGAAAUAGAGGAGGAUAAUGCAGGUGGUGAUGGAGAGUUAUCUUUCAACGUCUUCUUUACAGAAACCUAUUCCAGCAGUCUGAAGCCACUUGAACCCGGUUUUGUUGCGAAUCCUUGUAGUGCUACAAAGGUUGUAGUCAAGUGGAGCGAGAAAGAGCAUGAAAAAUAUGAUUCGAGCUCCUUGGAUGUUGAUCUACCUGAGGUUUAUAAACCUAGUCUCUUUGUGAAGAAGCCAAAGAAAGAGGUUUCUUUGUUUUCGUGCUUGGAAGCCUUUAUAGCAGAAGAGCCUCUCGGACCAGAGGACAUGUGGUACUGUCCUGGUUGCAAAGAACACAGACAAGCAAAGAAGAAGCUCGACUUGUGGAAGCUGCCAGAAAUUCUUGUGGUCCACCUCAAGCGGUUCACGUACAGCAGAUUCUUGAAGAAUAAGAUUGAUACGCUCGUGAAUUUCCCGAUUCAUGAUCUGGAUCUAAGCAAGUACGUGAUGAAUAAAGAUGGUCAGUCGUGUCUUUACGAACUGUACGCGGUUAGCAAUCAUUACGGUGGUAUGGGAGGUGGUCACUACACUGCUUGCGCUAAGCUGAUGGAUGAGAACAAAUGGUACGACUUUGAUGACAGCCGUGUUUCACCUGUAGAUGAAUCCGAGAUCAAGACUUCGGCUGCAUAUGUUUUGUUCUAUCAAAGAGUGAAAAGUGAAUCAGCGUCAUCAUAUAUGGAUGAAGAUUAGUUGAAGAAAAGCUUUUCAUUCUUCAGGAUUCAUGACAACGGUUGCUGCUUUUCUCAAGAUUCAUUCAUUAAAAAAAGAGUUUAGAUUCUUUAAGAUUGAUUAGAAAAUUUUUGGGCAAACAGAUUAUACAAGUAUCUAAGGCGGGGGAGAAUUGGCAUAUUGUUGUUCUUACCUUUUUUAACUAAUUACUACUAAGUUAAUUGUUUCAGCAGAUGAUUUGGUCUGAAUAGCUUAUGUUUUA